CACAUAUACCUCUACAACCACCACAGAGUCCUUCUCGCGCAUUCGAUUUCCUGCUGAAAGAGGUGGCGCAUCGCUCAUUGUACUCUCGAUGGCGCUUGCAAAUGCACGUGGCUCAAGGUCCAUUUUGAGCCUAAUUGACCAAUACGCGGUCGAAACCCCAUCUAGGGUAUGGGCAGCUGUUCCAUUAGAUGACAGUGAUUUAGGUAAAGGCUUCACGGACAUUACAUUUACAAGACUAGCCAACGCCAUCAAUCAUGCCGCGGCGUGGAUGACCCAGAACCUGGGUCCUGCCUCGAUGCCUUAUGAGACCAUAGCAUACACUGGCCCCAAGGACUUACGCUACCCAAUUGUUGCAUUGGCUGUCGCUAAGAUUUCUCGCAAGCUGCUUUUACCUUCCCCCUACGCCUCGAAGAAUGCUCAAGCUCAUCUUCUCGACCAUUCGGAUUGCCGGUACUUUCUUCACGCGGCUUCGUUUGGCGAGGAAGUUAAAAAGGUGCUAUUUAGCACGCAGCGACAGCAAGCAAAGUCUAUAGAGAUACCAAGCCUAGGGGACUGGCUCACAGAGAAGAAAGCCCCAUAUCUACCAUUUUCAGGUCCAUGGAAAGACGUGGCAUCCAUUCCGUGGCUGAUUUUCCAUACCUCAGGGACAACCGGUCUUCCUAAACUCGUGACCUACACCCAUCAGAUGAUGGCAUCUCUCGAUGCUGCCGAGCUAAUGCCAGAUGGUAACGAAGAGACCAUGAACCGCCACUUUGAGAAAAAGCGCUGGUAUACACCGCUUCCAUCGCUCCAUUUUGUCGGGAUGACUGUCGCUUUACAGUUCACAGUAUACCUGGGCGCCGUCCUGGUAGUUGGACCGGCAUCUCCGGGUCCAACGUCACCUCAUAUUGCAAGAUGCGUGCUGGAGCGUGGCAAAGUAGAAGGUGCCAUGCUCCCACCAGCACUCAUUGAAGGACUGUGUGAAGAUGAUGCUGGUUUGGAAUCCUUACGCAGAUUGGAGCACCUGUACUUUGCAGGCGCUCCUAUGCCAAGAAAGGCUGCUGAGAAGCUUCUCGGGCAUGUACCAGUUAAACCAGCUAUGGGGUCAACGGAAGCCGGGGCAUAUUUUCUCAAGAUCAUUGACCAGGACGAUUGGGAGUACUACUCCUUCCGACCAGCAAUGGGCUUAAAAUUUCGCCUGUUCGCCAAAGACCUCUACGAGCCUGUCUUUGUUCGGCAUCCAAGUAUUGAGAGAUGGCAACAGGUGUUUCAGGUCUACCCUGAUCUCCAGGAAUUCUCUACCAAAGAUCUCUUCUCUCCACAUCCUUCGAUGCCUGGCCGGUGGAAGUAUGUUGGACGUACAGAUGACGUUGUAAUCCUAUCUCACGGAGAAUGCUUAUACGCCGCCGGCCUGGAAGAAAUGAUUACAGCUCACGCGGAUCUGUCAGCGGUACUCAUCGGUGGGCAGGGCCGCGCACGCCCCUUCGCAAUCAUAGAGAGCAAGGGCAAUCUGCCGAUGAGCACCGAAGACCAUGCGAGCUUUAUAUCAGUCAUAGACAGCGUAAACAAGUCAUCCUCAGAGCUGGUAAAGUUGCACAGCGACAUGCUGAUAUACGCACGGUCCGAGAAGCCGCUAGUGCGCACGCCAAAAGGCACCAUCGCGAGAAGAGAGAGCGAGCAAUUAUAUGCUAAAGAAAUUGAGCUCUUGUAUGUAACAUGAGAGAGAAUAUCGGGUUUUUAUU